AUGGAAUGGGACAAUGCACAAACCAUUGGAGAUGCUCUAAGUCACUCAUUCCAAAAUAUGUUUUUCCUUUUCCAGUUUCAGGCUCUACUUAAGUUAUUAGCCUUAACUGCUCUAAAUUUCAUUGUUUGGGAUAAUAAUAACUGUAAGGGACUAAUGAGCAUCCAUCGGAUGAAAAUCGCGCACCGUGAUCUGAAGAGCGCGAAUUGCCUAGUGAACAAGCACUGGACAGUCAAGAUAUGCGAUUUCGGGCUUUCACGGGUACUUACGACCCAGCCCAUGAAAGACACUUCUUCAGCAGGAACACCUGAAUGGAUGGCACCUGAACUCAUCCGAAACGAGCCCUUCACUAAGAAGUGUGAUAUUUUCAGCCUUGGCGUUAUCAUGUGGGAGCUUUGCACGCUCAGCAGGCCAUGGGAGGGCGUACCAUCAGUUCAGAUUGCUGGGCUGAACCAGAUGAACGGCCGAGCUGUCAGGAUGUUUUUUCUCGUCUGCAAGAGUGUGAAUAUUUGUUGUGCUGAUGAUAGUGAGUGGUUCUCUCUGUAA